ACGAUAUUCUGCGUAAUUCCUCUCAGUCUUUUUCGGAAGAGGUCCCGGACUGGCGAAAUUGUUGAUUCGAAAGCAUGCGAAAUAGGAUGGCGGAUGAGAGAUGUGUACUUCUGCUGUUGGAAUGCAAUGUGUCAGAUACAAGUAAAAUGUUAUAAAUUGUUUAUUAUGUAUUGUUUAUAUAUUUUCAAAUGACCAAAUGUGUUUAUGCAAUUUAACAAUCAGAUGUCACGUAUCAAACUAAUGAAUUAUAUUUAAAUGUAACAAUUGGGUUAUGUGUUUUUGCAAUAAACAACGUUAUAAACCGAUAGAUCUGUCUUGUGCCAAUCAAUAUUGACAAUAUUUGCAGACAAAAAAACUAAAUAAGUGUAAAUCACAUCGAAUAAAUGUAAAGGAGAUGUGUGUACAAUAGAGAUCUUGUUGACAAGUGAUACAGGUGGUCAAAAUAGUGUAUAAGUCUAGUAUAGAAGAAGUAACCAUGAUAGAAAUCACAGCAAAACUUGUUCGAGGUCCUGUAUAUUUCUCUGGAGAAAUUGUAGAAUGUUUAGUUACAUUCACUAAUCCACCAAAUCCAAAUCAUCAAAUAUCACAAAGUCACAGUGAUCUCUUUGAAAGUCUUGCAUGGGCUAGUGCACAGGUUCAUUGCCAGUGUUCAACAAAUAACAAGAUGGUGCUUUCAGAAAAAAUCAAAACUGCAGCACGCUCAUUGGCAAUCAAUGCAAAUACUACUUUUGCACCAUGGCAGCAAGACAAUGGACAUGUGGUAUUGAAUACAAAGCCAAAAAUCUUGUGCUGUGAUUUGAGACUUUCUCCUGGAGAAAGUAAGACGUAUAUUUAUCGUGAAACAAUACCAAGUGAUGCUCCGCCUUCGUACAGAGGACAGGCUGUGAAAUAUUCUUACAAGAUUACUAUUGGAACGCAAAGAGUGAAUACUGUCAUAAAGCUGUUACGGGUGCCAUUCAGAGUGCUUUCCUUGAGUGAAUUGCCAGAAAUAACAGCAUGCAGUGACAGUGUGGAUCUGAGUCCAAAUAAUCCAUUUAUGGAAACGCAGCAUAGGGAAACUCCACUGGAUAUCGCCCUGCAAACACUGCAGAACUUAACGGCCAGACGUAGUCCAAACUUUUACAAUGUUACCAACGGCCGCGGACGCGUGGUGCGGUUCUGUCUCUUCAAGAAUUCUUAUAAGCUCGGCGAGGACAUUGUAGGAACCUUCGACUUCUCAAAUGCUACCGUAUCCUGUGUUCAAGUGUCCGUGUCGCUACAAUCGGAGGAGCACGUGUCGGAAGAAUACAAACGUGGAAAGGCCACGACGCCGACAUUGAUUAGCUAUAAUAAGCAUCACGAGAUGUGUUUGGGUUUAAAAUACUCUCACUUGGUGCUGCCGAUACCUCAUCACGUUACGCCCGAUUUUACGACCGAUCUGGUGACGCUCAAGUGGCGACUGCACUUCGAAUUCGUCACAACGCCGAAGCUGGUGGAGAUGCCUAGCGAGAACACCGUCAGCUGGCACGGACCGUCGACUCUCGACGUCGAGACGAUGAUCUGGGAUCUUCCGUUGCACAUCCAUCCGACGACCACGCCGCCGAACACGGCGCAGCAGACAAAAUACAACACUAUCAUAUAGCUAUCAUCAUAAAAUGGCGCGGUGUGCGUGUAAAAAAUACAAACAAUUGAUAUUUCUGAUAGAUUAUAUGUUAUAAGUGUAGAAGAUAAGAAACAAUCCUGCAUUUUACCCUCUCAAAACUUCGGUGACUCUUCCAAUAAAUGGUUCUAUUUAUCGAUACUCUUGAAAACGAGUUAGUAAUUUAUAGAAAAAGAUAUAUUUUCAUAUAUUUAUCGAUACAAGUAAAAAAAGAAUUGUGUAUAUAUAACAAUAAAGGAAUCGAAGAAUAUUAACUUAUAAGAAUCGUUAAAAUUAUUUUCAAAAUAGCAUCUGUGGCUUUUAGCCGGCAUUUAAAUUGUUGUUUAUUAAAUUCCCGAUACUGUAUCGAUACUAAGAAUAUAAUACGUUCUAAGAGACUAAUGACUUCGCAGAAAUAGUAAAAAUAUAUACUAUACAGCACAAUAAACAGAAAAAUAAACAACCUAGUUUGAUGUCUAUAAAUAAUAAGACAUUAAUUUUGUAGAUUCUUCUCUUUACAUGAGAUCUGUUCUGUUAACUUCAUUUUUAAAAGCUUAUUUUCUUUUUUAAACUUAAAUGUCAUAGUUUCAUUCGUAAAAAGAGUUAAAAAAAAAAAAAAAAA